CGGCGGCGGCGGAGGCGGCGAGGGGGGGAAGAUGGCGGACGUGCUCAGCGUCUUGCGACAGUACAACAUCCAGAAGAAGGAGAUCGUGGUCAAGGGGGACGAAGUCAUCUUCGGGGAGUUCUCCUGGCCCAAGAACGUCAAGACCAACUAUGUGGUGUGGGGGACUGGAAAGGAAGGCCAGCCGAGGGAGUACUACACGCUCGACUCCAUCCUGUUCCUGCUCAACAAUGUGCACCUCUCGCACCCCGUCUAUGUCCGCCGUGCGGCUACAGAAAAUAUUCCUGUGGUUAGAAGACCUGACCGGAAAGACCUGCUUGGCUAUCUCAAUGGGGAAGCAUCCACAUCUGCAAGUAUUGACAGAAGUGCUCCCCUGGAGAUAGGGCUUCAGCGGUCCACUCAAGUCAAACGAGCUGCAGAUGAAGUUCUGGCAGAAGCCAAGAAACCACGAAUUGAGGAUGAAGAAUGCGUGCGUCUUGAUAAAGAGAGACUUGCUGCCCGUUUGGAGGGUCAUAAAGAAGGGAUUGUACAGACUGAACAGAUUAGGUCUUUGUCUGAAGCCAUGUCAGUGGAAAAAAUUGCUGCAAUCAAAGCCAAAAUUAUGGCUAAGAAACGGUCUACUAUCAAGACUGACCUAGAUGAUGAUAUCACUGCCCUUAAGCAGAGGAGUUUUGUAGAUGCUGAGGUAGAUGUGACCCGGGAUAUUGUCAGCAGGGAGAGAGUGUGGAGGACACGGACGACCAUCUUACAGAGCACAGGCAAGAAUUUUUCGAAGAAUAUUUUUGCAAUUCUUCAGUCUGUGAAAGCCAGAGAAGAAGGGCGGGCACCUGAACAGCGACCAGCUCCAAAUGCCGCCCCAGUGGAUCCCACUUUGCGUACGAAACAGCCUAUCCCAGCUGCAUACAACAGAUAUGAUCAGGAGAGAUUCAAAGGAAAAGAAGAAACGGAAGGUUUCAAAAUUGACACUAUGGGCACCUACCACGGGAUGACGCUGAAGUCUGUAACGGAGGGUGCAUCUGCCCGGAAGACUCAGACUCCUGCAGCACAGCCCGUCCCCAGACCAGUUUCCCAAGCAAGACCCCCCCCAAAUCAGAAGAAAGGUUCUCGAACACCCAUUAUCAUAAUUCCCGCAGCUACCACUUCUUUAAUAACCAUGCUUAACGCGAAAGACCUUCUACAGGAUUUAAAAUUUGUCCCAUCAGAUGAAAAGAAGAAACAGGGUUGUCAACGAGAAAAUGAAACUCUCAUUCAGAGAAGAAAAGAUCAAAUGCAACCAGGUGGCACCGCAAUCAGUGUCACAGUACCUUAUAGGGUGGUGGAUCAGCCCCUUAAACUUAUGCCUCAAGAUUGGGACCGGGUUGUGGCAGUUUUUGUGCAAGGUCCUGCUUGGCAGUUUAAAGGUUGGCCGUGGCUUUUGCCUGAUGGAUCACCAGUUGACAUAUUUGCCAAAAUUAAAGCCUUCCAUCUCAAGUAUGAUGAAGUCCGUCUAGAUCCAAAUGUUCAGAAAUGGGAUGUGACAGUGUUAGAACUCAGCUACCAUAGACGUCAUUUGGAUAGACCCGUUUUCCUGCGCUUCUGGGAGACACUGGAUAGAUACAUGGUGAAGCAUAAAUCCCACUUGAGAUUCUGAAUUAUUUGGUUUCCCCUUUUCUGGAAAUCUGGAUUAAGAAACACAGAUAUACGUUGAUACAAAGACUGAGACUCAAGCUUUAUGAAUUUAUCAGGAGCCUGACCAAUGAAGAAGGUCACACACCCAUCUCUUCUAGACUUUGAUGCUUAUCAUCCAUAUAAGCAAACUUUUGGCUUACAGCUAUUUUUUUAAUAUUAGCCUUCUAGUCUGUAAUUGAAAUUGUAUAUUUUGAUAGAAGUUUUUUCUCAUUGGUUAUAUUAGCAUUACUUAAAACUUGUUUCUUUAGAAAAUAGAUGCAGGAUAUAAAUGUGUGUAUAUUUAGAGAUUAUAAGGCUUUCUAAGCCAUCUCACUUCUGAUUUUUUAUUGCUUUAUUAAUUCCUUUAAUUGAAAAUACUAUGUUAUGAAUGGUGUUAAAUUUUAGUGUCUGGAACUUCCAGAAGCAAGCAAAGGGAUGUGAGUAUUUUGAAUGAAUGACAAUGCUGGCCUGUUAGUCUCCACAUCUGCAUUUAUCCUAUUUACAAAGGAAUGAGGAAAAAUCAAGAAUAACCCUUCAGUUUCGUUGAAUUGUUCAGCCUUUAUUCAGACGUUCCCUUAUAAAUGAAUACAGUUAAUGAAUGUACAUUCUCUUCCCUGACUUUGGUGAUUUUAAAACUUAGAAUGAUACAUUUCUAUCUGUGAUAUCUUUCCACUUGGGAAAUCUCAAAACACAGGUUAAAAACACGGGGCUGUACUACUUUUUAUUUUGGGAGCUCGGUGUGAGUUGGCAGAAGGAUCACGUGUCAGCUCCAUUGCAGUGUGACUUGACUUCCUUUCCUUUGUCCUAAGUCCGUCUUUGAUUCUGUAUGUCUGGAAUUGGGUUUCCAGGCUUCUGUUUCUAGACGUGUCACUUUUGGUGUUCCUAUCUUCUGUUAUCCCUAAAUACACAUAAAUUUCAGGCACCAAAGAAUACAUUUACCGAAUUAAGUGAACAGAAACAAGAUAAAAACACUGGUAUUUUUAUGUGUGUAUUCAAUAUGAUAUAAAAUAUAAAACUUAUAUUUUAACUUAGUAAAAUAUUUUACUAUUUCUCUAUAGACAUUGUGUACAAGGUAUAAUGUGAAUGGCCAUUUUUCUUAAGUGUUGAUUUCAUCUUUUACUAAAACUGAGGACUUUUAUCCCCAAAAUUGUUUUUGCCACCACAACCGUUGCUGUUAGUUUUAGGUCAAUAUUUUUCUUCUUCUUUGCGGGGGGGCCCCCCCCCAUUCUUUCCAUUCUUUCUUAGUGUGGUUUCAGUUUUUUGGUUUGGGGGAAGGGAGAAGAGUGUGAAUAUUUAGCUCCUUUUGUAUUCAACUGACUACCUUUCCUGUUUUCAUAAUUAAAUGAGAAGAAAUUAUUAUUUAUUUUUUAAGUAACCAGAAAGGUUCCUACCUGUAGUAAGUAGAAAAAUAUUUAUUCACAUGGAAUUUAUAAUGUUCUUCAGAAGAAAAGCAGCCCACAUUUUAGGUUACAUUUUAGUGUUUUUGUAAGGUUUGAACUGAUUCUUCCUCCAUUUUCUUCCCUUCUCUGCGUUCCCUCUUAAAGAUUAAAAAAAAAAAUAAAACACAGAACUUGAAUUUGUUCACAUGGGAAUUUCACAGCAUAAAAAUUUGUUCUCAAAAUUGCGCUGUGUAAACUUUCUCCGUGAUGAAAUAGUUAAGGACUAUUCUGCAAGAUUUUAGUGUAAAAUUAUUUGUUAAUACUGUACAAAGAAAAGCUGACUACCUUUCCAUAAAGAUUUGGGGUAUUUACAUAUAAACUUGACUUAAUGCAGGAUGUGGUUAAAAUUAGCAUCUGCUUUCUGCUUUGAACAGAAUUUAUUUUUCUAUUUCGAAUUUGCCUUAUGUAUAUUCAAAGGCCCCUGGAUGUUUUGUACAGAACAUUAGGAAAAGUGCAAAUAUGCUGUACUAUGUAUUUUUAAAUUGGUCUCUUAGUAUUCUUGUUUUUUUUCCCUGCCCCCCACAUUUUUGUGUGUGGGUUUUUUUUUUUUUGGCAGUUUAGUCCCUCGUUUAGGUCCAUGUAAUUAAUUUUAUGGUCAUUAUAUGACAAAAAGGGCACACAAAAAACAAAUCUUCCAUGCGAUCACCGUUUAUUCUUUGAUGACUUGGUUCUGUAUUAGCAUGUAACACAGUGCCUUGCACAUUAUAGGCAUUCAGUAAAUACAAAUGCAUGAAUGAAUGAUGUUUGUUCCUUACAACUGGUAUAUUUUGUAACAGUGGUUCGACUGCAGUUGGUCUUGAAGUGUGAUAAUAUAGAAUUACAGGGAAUGAAUGAAUAAAUGAAGCAUACCUAUUUUAAUAGAAAUGCAAACACAUUAAACAUCUUCCCAUAACUUACUGUUCAGUGGUGAUGCACUUGUCUGCCCCACCUCUGCAGAUGGCUCCGUUUCUUUCUGUGUCGGGUGCUUCUUCCUGAGGGCCAGGGAGCAGGGAGAGGAUGGAGAUGGCAAGGAGGAGCUCGCAGCUUUGGAGUAGAGUUUAAAAAAAUGCCUGUUCAAAUCCUGGUUCUAAUUUAAUUUGUCAGUUUAAUUGAUGAGAGCUGAUUAGCACAGAUUUCUCUAAAUAGUUUUUUAGUGUGCAAGAAGGAUUGAGAACCAGUGGUUUUUGUUGAGUGCCAGUAUUAAAUGUUGUAUUUUUUCCUCCACCCCGCUGUGUGUGUGUGUGUGUGUGUGUGUGUGCGCGCGCGCGCGUGUGCGGAUGUGCGUGUGUGUCUGUCUCUACACUUUGUAUUAGAUAUUCCCCAUUAUUGGUGAUACUGGCCUACACUCAGACCCUGUGACAAUUCAAGGCUUAAUUUAUUUAAUAUAGGAAUAUUUUGCUGUCUUAUUAUUUAAACAAUGUUUAAUAUAUUCCAUUAUUGAUUGGUGUUACCUUUGCUGGUUUGUUUUCCCUGUGUCCUUAUCCUGAACUCUGUUUUUAGCAGCAGCAUAACAGCAGUCCGUACAGAAAAAGCUAAUUUGUAAUGAGGAAAAUCUCAUGGUUUUUAAAGUAGGAAGAAGUAAGGUAUUAAUUUCUUAUCUGCCAUGCAGAAUGAGACAAGUAAUUAUGAAAAAGAGUGUUCUUUUUAAUUGAUCUAUAUAGAAAAGUAAAGAUAAAUAACUCAGUUUAAUAAAAUUCAUUAUCUAAUAAACACGAAGGGAAUAUUUUUCCUAAAUAAAACUUUUUUGUGACUUCUA